AGCAAUGAAUUAAGACACAGACAGUUUUGGUUAAACACAGAAAUUUCACUAAUUCAUCUGACAUUUCAAUAUGACGAAAUACAAAGGGAACACGCCAAUUUCAUUUUUUAUUAACAAGAAGCCCGACGAUUGGAAGAAAUAAUUUAUUAGAUGUAAAUUGAGAGCAGUAAUUUAUACACAGAAGCUACUUAUCUAUUAUUAAUCUUUUAAAUCCUUAACGAAUGGAAUCCAAAACAAUCCAUUUGGACGAAAAUGCGUUCUACAGUGAAUUCGGAUGAAUCUGUAAAUACAGAUCGAUCUCCACACGUCGCCUGGUACAACGAUCAUUCAUCACGACGUCCUAAGGAACAAAUAUCUGCUUCAAAAAAUGCACAAACGGAAUACGAAACGCAUUUAUCGCAAAAUGCUGCGUAUUCCUCAACGUAUGGAUCUAGUAAAGCGCCAUCAGAUCAGCCCACUGCUAAUCGUGAAUGGCGUGUCUACAAUCCAAAGGAAAAUCAGCGAGACAUAACGAGAAAUCCCGAGGAAACGGAACAAACACAUAAGAGCGUUGAUACGCGGGAUAUCAUUUUGCCACGCAGACGCCGGUCGAAAUCCUGCGUUAAACUGCGUUUAUGGUGUUUGAGAUUGUGCCGCGCGAAGAAAAGAUGUUCCCAACACGUUUUGAGAAAGCAGAGACAGCUUCUCGAACGAAUAAAGACACGAAGUAAGGAGAAGUGCGAGGAGCCUGAUGAUGUGAUGGCGGUCGCCGGUGUAUCAACUAUGCCGCAUCGAGAAUCGAUAAAGUAUCGAGACGUCCCGAAGAAGUCUAGGAGAACUCGUAAACAAGACGAGGUGGUGGAGAUUGUAGAUAAGGACGUCUCAGAGGACAUCAUCAAGAAGGAAAGAAAGGAAAGAAGAAAAAGGGAGAAAGAAGAGAGGAGAAGGAAAGUAAUGAUAGAAGAGGAGAGGAGAAGGAAAGUAAUAACGGAGGGGGAGGAGAGGAAAGUGAGCCAUAAACUCGAUGAGCAUGUCCCGCCGCCCGUGGACACACGUCUGGUGACGCACGACGAUGACCUCGUCGUCGAGAAACGGGUUCCCAUGAAACCGCCAUCGAUCGCGGACGACUUCGCGAAGAGCUGCUGCUACUUGUGCGCUCAGAACACGCUGGCGAUCGCGGCCGCCACGGCGAUCUCCAAGCCGGAGCAGUCUGACAAGUGCGUCCAAGUUUCGGCUCAUAAAUUUCACGUAGAGACGUCCCCGGUGCUCGAUAAGAGCUGCAGCCCGUUGCUACUGGUACACACCGUGCAGUCGUCCGUCAAAGUGAGGACACGGGAGACCAGCACACUCUGCCCCGGCACGAGCGCGGUGCCGCGUGCGAAAAAGCACAAGAAGUUUGCCAUGUUUCCGGGGUUGACGCGAACGAAGUGCCCGGCGGGACGGCACGCCGCCUGCGAGACUGAUAAGUCGACCGCCAGGCGCGACGAUAAUGCGGAAAAACGUCAGCCAACGAACGAGAGGUGCUGCGGGAAGAGGAACGCCUGACACGUCGCGAAUUUCCCCGAACUUACCCGGACUAAUUAACGCUUGAUUACUCGGCGGAAAGAAUAAUUAUAUGCAUCGCGAACCCAUUAACGCUAGAAGUACCAAUGUUUCUUACUUGAUGAGACUCGGUUUUUCAUUUUCUGAGCAACUUGUGAUUAAGCUUAUGCCCAUUUUCACCAAUAUAGAUUAACUUUAAUCUCGGUUCAACUUAAUCUUCAUCUUUUUCCAGUUCUAAAAAUUAGAAAAGGAUGAAGAAUAAGUUGAACCAAGUUAAUCUACAUUGAUGAAAACGAGCAAUUUUGUCAGAACAAGAGUCAGAAAAAGAAGAAUACAUGUACUGUCUCCUUUUAUAGAUGCUACCUCAUUUUAACUGAAGUUGAGAAAAACAACAAUUUAAAAUUUGUCAUCUUAUAGCCUGACUCUGUUAUAGAGUCUUCAUAGUUUUCUAAUUUAUAAAAUUAGAAAAAUAUGAUUUAGUUGAAUCAAAAUUAAAAUUAAACUAUCUUGGUAGAAACGGGCAUAAACAAGUUAAGUCUAAAGUCACAUACACGAUUGAAAAACAUUGGUAAUAGAAACAGGAAACAACAGAUUUCAAUCUGUCAGAAACUAUGUAUACGAGAAUACAUAGUUUCUAAUAGGUUGAAAUUUGUUAUUCCCUGCUCCUAUUGCUUUUCAAUUGUAUCUCAGGCUUAAACCUCAAGUUAACUAGAAAAUGAAAAACCUUAAAGAUCAUAAGUUACCAUAAAAAUGAAGAAAAUAAUGAAAGACCAUAUUUCAUCAAUAUAAAGGACUAAUUAUUCAAAAGUAAAAAAAUUUCAAAAUUCUUUUACACAAAAAAAUAUAAUAUUAAUUUAAAAAGUUAAAACUGUCAAUAUUGACCGUUU